AUGCCUCUCGUAUCGGCACGCGCGGCGGUUGAAUUCAUAAAAGAGGAUUCAGAAGAGCGAAGAAUCGUCAUCCACAUUUCGUGUUCUCCCCAAAUCAACCUCAACAAACCAAGACAACAGAAAAUACCAAAUUGGACUUUUGACUUGAAGGACCACCAAGAACUCAACGUUGGGAUUGACGGCAAUAUAAAUAAUUGUGAUGAAAAAGCCAAGCAUAAUUCAGAAACCCAAAGAGAUACUAGUACUGUUGCAGAGAGAGGAGGAGGACAAGAAAAGGAAAUGGCUCCAUUGGCCGGCAGUUCGAUUCACCGGUCAUCUUCCCGGCCGCAGCUGGACCUCAGUGGGGCUGCUAUACAAGGAAAUUUUGAGGAAAGGGAUCCCACAAUUCUGUUGCCUAAUCAGUCUGAUGAUAUUUCUCAUUUGGCUUUGGAUAUUGGAGGAUCUCUCAUUAAGUUGGUUUAUUUUUCGAGAUGCGAGGACCAACCAAUAAAUGACAAGAGAAAAAAGACAAUUACGGCGAGAUUGGGUAUUUCUAAUGGCAAUAGAAGGAGCUACCCUAUUCUUGGCGGGAGACUGCAUUUUGUGAAGUUUGAGACAAUCAAGAUAAAAGAAUGCUUGGAUUUCAUCUACUCAAAGCAGCUUCAUCGUGGUGGAAUGGAUUCACGACGUUGGCAAUCCAAAGGUCCAAGCACCGAGAACACCGUAAUUAAGGCUACAGGUGGUGGGGCGUACAAGUUUGCCGAUCUCUUUAAGGAAAGACUUGGAAUUAGUAUAGAGAAAGAGGACGAAAUGAAUUGUCUUGUGGCUGGAGCAAAUUUCUUGCUCAAGGCAAUUCGACAUGAAGCUUUCACACAUAUCGAGGGUCAAAAAAUGUUUGUGCAGAUUGAUCAAAACGAUUUAUUUCCGUACCUUCUCGUGAAUAUAGGAUCUGGUGUUAGUAUGAUAAAGGUUGAUGGGGAUGGGAAAUUCCAGCGAGUUAGUGGAACAAAUGUUGGUGGGGGGACAUACUGGGGAUUAGGGAAGCUGUUAACAAAAUGCAAAAGUUUUGAUGAAUUAUUGGAGCUGAGCCAACGUGGUGAUAAUAGAACCAUAGACAUGCUUGUUGGCGAUAUUUACGGUGGAAUGGAUUACUCAAAGAUUGGUCUCUCUGCAUCAACAAUUGCCUCUAGCUUUGGCAAGGCAAUAUCCGAAAAUAAGGAGCUCGAUGAUUACAGACCUGAAGAUAUAUCUCUGUCCCUCCUGCGAAUGAUUUCCUAUAAUAUCGGCCAGAUAUCUUACUUAAAUGCAUUGCGCUUUGGACUUAAGAGGAUAUUUUUUGGAGGUUUUUUUAUCAGAGGCCAUGCCUACACUAUGGACACCAUCUCAUUCGCAGUUCACUUCUGGUCUAAAGGGGAAGCACAGGCAAUGUUUUUACGACAUGAAGGGUUUCUUGGAGCUUUAGGUGCAUUUAUGAGCUACGAAAAGCACGGUUUAGAUGACCUUAUGGUUCAUCAGCUAGUAGAAAGGUUCCCAAUGGGUGCACCGUAUGUGGGAGGAAAUAUCCAUGGUCCACCUCUAGGAGAUUUAAAUGAGAAGAUAUCGUGGAUGGAAAAGUUUGUGCAAAAGGGAACUGAAAUCACUGCUCCUGUUCCAAUGGCCCCUUCAGGAACCACUGGCCUUGGAGGCUUUGAAGUUCCAUCUUCCAAAGGAGAUACCUUGCGUUCUGAUGCAAGUGAACUAAAUGUUGGCGUUCUCUAUCUUGUACCCAGUUUAGAAGUGUUUCCACUGUUGGCAGACCCAAAAACAUAUGAGCCCAACACAAUAGAUCUCUCAGAUCGCAGUGAACUAGAGUAUUGGUAUACUGUCCUAUCAGAACAUUUGUCGGACCUUGUUGAUAAGGCUGUGGCAAGUGAAGGUGGCACUGAUGAUGCUAAGAGAAGGGGUGAUGCAUUUGCUCGUGCAUUCUCUGCGCACUUGGCGAGGUUAAUGGAGGAGCCUGCUGCAUAUGGAAAAUUGGGGCUGGCCAACCUUUUGGAAUUAAGAGAAGAGUGCUUGAGGGAAUUCCACUUUAUCGAUGCUUAUAGGAGCAUAAAGCAAAGGGAAAAUGAAGCAUCACUUGCAGUUCUACCUGAUCUUUUAAAGGAACUUGACAAUAUGACUGAGGAAGCAAGAAUGCUUACAUUAAUUGAAGGGGUACUUGCUGCAAACAUCUUUGACUGGGGAUCCCGUGCAUGCGUUGAUCUCUACCACAAGGGAACAAUUAUUGAAAUAUACAGAAUGAGUCGCAACAAAAUGCAAAGACCUUGGCGGGUGGAUGAUUUUGACAUUUUCAAAGAAAGAAUGUUUGGCUCCGGUGAAAUGAAGCCUGAGCCUCAUAAAAGAGCUUUGCUUUUUGUGGACAACUCAGGUGCUGAUAUUGUACUAGGAAUGCUUCCGCUUGCAAGGGAACUUCUGCGACGAGGAACUGAAGUUGUGCUGGUUGCCAACUCCCUUCCUGCACUAAAUGAUGUUACUGCUAUGGAGGUGCCUGAUAUUGUUGCUGAGGCUGCUAAGCACUGUGACAUUCUUCGGGGAGCAGCUGAAGCUGGAGGCCUACUUGUGGAUGCCAUGAUCAAUAUACAAGAUUCUUCAAAGGAAAGCUCGUCAUCAGUUCCCCUGAUGGUUGUUGAAAAUGGGUGUGGGAGUCCAUGCAUAGACUUGAGACAAGUCAGUUCAGAAUUGGCUGCUGCUGCCAAAGAUGCUGAUCUGGUUAUUUUGGAAGGGAUGGGACGAGCUUUGCAUACAAACUUCAAUGCACGGUUCAAAUGUGAUGCUCUGAAGCUUGCUAUGGUGAAGAAUCAGCGACUCGCAGAAAAGCUUAUUAAAGGAAAUAUAUACGAUUGUGUCUGUCGAUUUGAACCAGCUAGCUGA